AUGGAAGCUCUGAUUUCGGCAAGUGUUCUUUACGUCCCAAUCCUUCGCGCAAUUUGUAUCCUCCAUACCGUCUUGCUUGCUACCCUCAUGGCACCCCGUUCGAAAUGGUCUCGCACUCGACGCGCUAGGGCGACCACCCAACCUGAGCCUCUGCCUGCUCGUGCUAUCAAAUAUGGGGACCUGCUCCCGCCCGAGCUCUGGCGGGAAGCCUUCUCAUACUGUCUUCCGCUCACUCUCUUCGCCGCACGCGAUACCUGCCGCCUCUUCCGCCGCAUGAUUGACCGCAACGAUGGCUCCCUUCUCGCCCGCGCUCCCCUCCUACUCUCAGACCCGCCCCCGGAUCCCCGCUGGUAUAUGCAGCGGUCUCGCAACGAGCACGUCCGGCAAAUCAUUGGCGAGGUUUUCGGCAUCACGGAUCCUUGGAGUGAUAUCUAUGGAAGCGCUGCGUACACGAAGAUGCUGUAUCUGCCCGAUGUGCAAUGGGCGCGCAGAGGGACCUCCCGCCUCUAUUACAAGCAGCAUAGGCAGGGUAUAUCUGUGCUCCGUAAGCCUCCGGUCAUCGUCCCGUCGCGCUCGCCUCUCAUCUACAUCUCACCUAUCAGCGCCGCUGCCGUUGAGACUUAUUCCGGGCGCAAGACGAUCGCCGUCGCGGCGUGCGACCUGGUCAGAGCGCGAGAGGAAUAUGAACAAAAUGUUUUGGCUUCAGCAACCGCCACUGAGCGCAGGCGGGAGCGCAAAGCUCUCUUCACGCAAUACAAAUCUCGCUGCCGCCAGAAGAGGACGCUCGGGAUCCUCGAAUGCCUGGUCGAGUAUUGGAAGGAAAAGAACGACUCGAAGAUCAAGCAGAACCUGAAGAUCAACAAAGCACGGUUGCGUGCAUUCGCAAACGAGCGGCAAAUACCGCUGUCGCAGGCGCUCGGCAACCCAGACGUGCAGCGCGCCCUUGUUGCGCACUCGAGAGUGUUCGCGCUCAUCUCGCCAUCCAUCUUGAGCGACGCGGGCCUCUUCAACCCAACGUCCAACCGCGUGCCAUCUAGCAGCCAUCCGAAGCAGUUCCCUUACACUCGCCUGGGCGCCACGACAGGAAAGGCAGAGUACCGAUGUGCGCUGUGCCCUCUGCCUGCACUGAGGUGGUUUUCGGCCGUCGCUUUGCAGGCGCAUCAGCUCGACAAGCAUGGCGUGCGUGGUCAGGAAGAGCAGGAGUAG